AUUCCUUGAAUUUGUUAUCCUACUUCAAUACGUCAAAAGAACAUUGCUAUGAUCCUUUACUCUAUGGAUUCUAGAGCUGAAAUCUUAUAACCAGAAUUCCAUUUCGUCGUGCUUGUUUCCACGUACAGAAAAUGCCCGCGUCUGGUCGGCCUCGUCCUGUCUAAUCUCGCAACUCACCGCCCGGAGAUCCGCUUCUGCCUUUCGACCCUGUUCACACUGGGAUUUUUCUGCCGCAGAUUUUCUUUCCCCCCAAAAAGUCAUCCAGACACCAACCAUGGACAGUGACGACUCUCGCAAGGGGAGCUCCGUUGAGGCCCAGGCUACCUCUAGUCAGUCUGUAACCGCUAUCGAUACGCAAACCAAGGCAACGUCUCAGAGUGCCUCAAAUCAACCUCGAAGAGAGUUGUUCAUUCGAUCGCUUCCCGCCUCAGCGACCACCGAGAGCCUCGCAGAACAUUUUUCGCAAUCCUAUGUGAUCAAGCAUGCCAUCGUCGUCACCGACCCAGAAACCAAACUAUCCAGGGGUUAUGGCUUCGUGACUUUUGCUGAUGUUGAAGAUGCGAAGGCUGCCUUGGAGGAACUUAAUGGAUCUGCUUUUGCAGGCAAGAAGAUCAAGGUCGAGUAUGCGCAACCGCGCCAUCGUGUUGUGGACGAAAACCUCGGCAGAUCCAAACCAUCCACCGAAGCUCUCGAGCUGAAGAAGCGAAGGGAACAACAAAGAGCGGCCGCUACGCCACCGAGAUUGAUUGUCCGAAACCUGCCGUGGAGCAUCAAAGAACCCAACGAUUUAGCUGUGCUUUUUCGGAGUUAUGGUAAAGUCAAGCAAGCUUACCUACCGAAGAAGGGAAAUCAAUUGGCAGGAUUUGGCUUCGUUGUGUUAAGAGGAAAGAAGAACGCAGAGAAGGCGCUAGAGGGCGUCAAUGGAAAGGAAGUCGACGGGCGAACACUGGCAGUGGAUUGGGCAGUGGAAAAAAAUAUUUGGGAGGAUUUACAAAAGGAGCGAGAUAACGCGGAGAGUGAUAAGCAGGUUGAGGAGCCUAAGGACGCUGAGAUUGCAGAUGAGGACGAGGAAGCGGCAGAAGCCGACUGUGAUGUUGAUGAGGACGCCCCUUCCGUUGACGGAGAAGGUGAUCUUGACAGUGAAGACGACAUGAUCGAGGCAGAUUUGGAAAGUGAAGCGUUGAGCGAGCAGGAAGAAGAGGAGGAAAAAGAAGAAAACGACGAACGGGAUGCAUCGACCAUUUUCAUUAGGAACCUGCCUUUUACGUGUGAUGAUGAGAUGCUCUACGAACACUUCACUCAAUUUGGUCCUCUUCGCUAUGCCCGAAUUGUCAUUGACCGAGAUACCGAGCGUCCUCGUGGUACUGGAUUCGUCUGUUUUUGGAAGGCGGACGAUGCAGUAUCAUGUGUGCGCGACGCCCCCAAGCAGCAGGAUCCUUUAACCGCCGAUAAAGACAAGGGGAAAAGGGCAUCGACUGCAUACAAGCAGUCCGUCCUCCAAAAUGAAAACGCUGAUCCAAGUGGGCGUUAUACCUUGGAUGGCCGCGUGCUUCAAGUUGCUCGUGCAGUGAGCAAGUCCCGUGCGACUCAACUGGAAGAGGAGGGUGUUUCCCGCCGCCUUGUUCGCGAUACCGACAAACGCCGCCUUUACCUUCUUCAGGAGGGCACCAUCGCACCCAAUUCUGCUCUCUACAAGAAACUCUCGCCUUCUGAAAUCAAGAUGAGAGAGGACAGUUACAAACAACGACAGAAUUUUAUCAAGAAGAAUCCUAGUCUCCACCUCAGUCUCACGCGUUUGUCUAUUCGCAACAUCCCACGCCAUAUCACCUCAAAAGAUCUCAAGCAACUGGCUCGGCAGGCUGUUGUUGGCUUUGCUCAAGACAUGAAAAACGGUGUGCGUCAGCCUUUGUCGAAGGAGGAACUGGAUCGGGCUGCCGACGCCAUGCGUGAGGCGGAACAACAGCGAAAGAAGAAGGGGGUGGGAGUGGUUAGGCAAGCCAAGAUUGUCUACGAGAGUCGCGAUGGAAGCAAGAUCAAGGAGGAAACUGGUGCUGGUCGGAGCAGAGGUUAUGGUUUCGUCGAAUAUUAUACUCAUCGCCAUGCUCUCAUGGGUUUAAGAUGGCUCAACGGUCACGCUGUGGAGCCUCCUAAAUCUGCUACCCCUGAUGCUCAAGAGAAGAAAAAGCGGCUCGUCGUUGAAUUUGCUAUUGAGAAUGCCAAUGUCGUCAAACGCCGCAAUGAACAGCAGUCUAAGGCACGCAAUUUCAAGAAGGACCAGGGACAAGGAGAUGGUGCUUCAAGACGUGGUGUGAAGGAUAAACCCUCUCAGACCGGUCAAAAGCGAAAGCGUUCUGACAACAGCAGCGACCGAAAUGACGCGGGCGAAGAUGCAGAGGAACAGAACAAGGUGGCAAAGCGAAAUCGAAUCAUUGCGAAGAAGAGAAUGCAGCGAAGGACUCGGAAAGGAAAGGCUUAGAUACUGGUACAUACAAAAGUUCAGGAAAUUUACAUAGAUAGCUAAUGAUCAUCGAUUGUGCAUAU